GCCAGUGAUAGUCACUUACGAAGCAUCACUGUUUCCACACUUUACUCUUUCAUCUCCAGUUUUUAGCUUUCACUUUUUUAUUGGCAAAAUUAAAAGUCUGUAAGGGGUAACCUCCUGAUACUGAUCUCCAGAAUCAGAAUUUCAGCACCACGAUAAUCCAACAGAGCAUGGAGCAAGGAAACGACCAGGCCUUAAACAAUCAGCAGGAAGGCACCUCUUCUCAGCUUCCAACUGAAUAUAAGGUGUUUAAUGACCCGAUCCAUGGUCACAUUGAGCUCCACCCCCUGCUGGUGAAGAUCAUCGACACUCCUCAGUUCCAGAGACUACGAUACAUUAAACAGCUGGGAGGAACAUACUUUGUGUUUCCUGGAGCUUCACACAACCGCUUUGAACACUCCAUAGGUGUUGCGCAUUUAGCAGGCUGUCUCCUUAAAUCUCUGAGGGACAAACAACCAGAGCUAAAGAUCACCGAAAGAGACAUCCUGUGUGUUCAAAUCGCUGGCUUGUGCCAUGACUUGGGUCACGGCCCAUUUUCUCAUCUGUUUGACAACUUGUUUAUACCAGAGGUCUAUCCUGACCUGGAAUGGAAGCAUGAGACUGCGUCAGUGCAGAUGUUUGACCACCUGGUGAAGACGAAUGGACUGGAAGAUAAUUUCACUCCUGAUGAACUCAACUUUAUCAAAGCACUAAUUGACUCCAACGACUCACAAGCAAAGAAGUACAAACAUGAACGUAGAAAGGAUUUCUUGUAUGAGAUUGUGGCAAACAAGAGAACCGGUAUUGAUGUGGAUAAAUGGGAUUAUUUUGCCAGAGACUCGUAUCACCUGGGCAUCCCGACCAGCUCAGACCACAACCGUUUCAUCAAAUUUGCCCGAGUGUGUGAGGUCGAGGGGAAGAAGCUCAUCUGUGCCAGAGACAAGGAAGUCCAUGAUUUAUAUGAGAUGUUUCACACAAGACACUGUCUACACCGCAAAGCCUAUCAGCACACUGUGACCAAAAUAAUCGAGGAAAUGAUAACAGAAGCCUUGGUGGAGGCCAAUCCUCACAUUGAGAUCGAGGGAUCCAAAAAAAGGAUGUUCAAAAUAUCAGAGACCAUCGGUGACAUGAAGGCCUACACCAAGCUCACAGACCACAUUUUUGAGCAGAUUCUGUACUCCUCUGAUCCAAAACUGAGGAAAGCGAAGUCCAUCCUGGAGAAGAUCAUCCACAGACGCUUGUAUAAGUUUGUGGGACAAACAAGACCUCAACAAAAUCUUCCAGGGUCAAAGGAAGACUUGGAAAAGAUACGCCAAGAAUUGGCUGAGUCCAGACCUGAUAGCACUGAUGUUGAACUGAAGCCUGAAGAUUUCAUUGUCAAUGUAUUUGCUAUAGAUUAUGGCAUGAAGGACAAAAACCCCAUGGACAACGUCUAUUUCUACAGAAAGACUGACCCCACCGAAGCCAUUGAAAUCUCCAAAGAAGAGGUGUCCAUCCUGCUGCCUGAAACCUUUUCUGAGAAACGCAUCAGAGUUUAUUGUAAGCAACCAGAUAAACUGGAAGCUGCAAAGGAAUACUUUGAGCAGUGGUGUGAGAAUAAUAACUUGACACCACAGGUGUAGGGUUCUGGAGCCACAAAUAACUGAUGUAACUCAUGACUGAUUCUCAAGCCAAGGGGAGUGGAGGAGCUGGAGAAACCAGACAUCUGGGAAAAACAGCACUGAAGCAUCAUCGCCCCCUGCUGGCAGAGCAAAUGGAUCUUUGUUAUUUACGUAUCAAACAAUAUUCCUGUUAGGCAUUUAACCUGCUUACAAAGUGAUUUUUUUUUUUUUUCCAAAGACAAACAACUGGUGUGUAUCCCAGAUUCUGAAAAACUUUGGUCACAUCAGUCAGAGGAUAUGAAAUCAUAUCGUAUCACAGCAGUGAUUCAGGGGUCAAAUCCCAAACUGUUCCUUUAAGAACAGAAAUCAUGUGGAAGCAUCUUUUGUUUUGUCCUUUUUCUGAGUUUAGUAGAUGAGCAUUAAAAAGCGUUUUUAUGUGUUAGUUUAUCCAGAUUAUAAACCAGAGUUUGGUGAAGGUUUGGGAGGUGUAUCUAACCAGGGUUUGAAUAACUAAUCACUCUUAAAGUAGGUAGCUAAGUAUUUAAUAAUCAUUAAAAUAUCUCAAGUUUUAUGAAAGAUGGAAAUAUGAAGAAUCUGGCACUGAUUACACUUUUUAUUUGAUUUUGUUUGUUUGUGUGUCUGUGUGUGUUGGUGGAAUUUUGGGACAGUUUAAUCAGGAAUUUUAAACUUAUCAUAGCAUUAUCUUAUUUUGGUUUUGUGUUUUAUCAUCAUGUCAAACUGAAGCUGCAUGAACUGGGUUCAUAUACAGUGGGGUCCUAAACUCUGAGACCACACUGAAAUUACAUUGGUGUUUGUUUCAUGAAGAAGUGGAAGGGAUAAAUUUCAGCAAAUUUGCAAUAUGGUGAUACUGAAGGUUAGAUAUGCCUUGAGAUUUAUCCCUUCCACUGAAGAACAUGUUCAGAUGACACUCCCAUGAUUCUGAUCGAACAUAAAUCAUCAGGUUUUACACAAACUUUUGGACUCCAUGCCAGCUCAUGUGCAAACUGUCAUUAAAGCGAAAGGGAGAAGUACCAAACUGAAUAAAUUUCCCAAAACAAAUUUUACUUUCACUCAGGUUAAUCCUAAAAUUUGCAUUUAAACGUUUUGCAUUUGAACUUUUUUUUUUUUUGCAAAUUUGUAAACCUUGUAAAAUAGAAGCAUUUUUUAUGAGACUUUUGGACUCCACUGUACAUGUAAAUUUACACAGACAUGCGUGAUGGUGAAUACACACACUUUCAUUACCUGUUAACUGCAUUAACCUCGUAUCUCCACUGUGUUUAGGGUAAAGAGGAAACUCUAGUUAUAGUCAAAAUACUGCUUUACAAAAUGAAUUUUUCUUUGGUUUUUGUUUCCUUUCCGCAUUUCACCUCCUCAUGUAACUUCAUUUAUUUUCCUGUACCGACUUUCUGACCUGUAAGACUUUUUAUUGGGUGUAUUUAAUGAGGUGUUUUAAAGCUGUUUAAUUAAAGGCUAAUAAAUUCUCA